AUGCCGCUUCAGAAACCGUCGCCGCAUGGCUCCCACCGCUCCUCCGGCAGCGGGUUCCAUCCCUUCGGCGGCCAACUGAGUCGACAUUUCGGCGGCUCCUCCCUCUCGCCCGACGAUGCAUAUCUGAGCUACCACGACGUGCGCCUGAUGCGCGAGGACAUCGAAUCGAUCAAGCACGACUGGCUGACGGACAAUGCCAUUGCGUUCUGGGAGGAGUAUCUCGAGCGCGAGAAGCUGGCCGCGUAUCCCAAGGCACACAUUGUCCUUCUGCGCCCUUCGAUGAGCUUCAUGCUGCAGAACACGCGCGAUCCGCUCAGUCUCAAGAGCGCCCUGCCCGACUUCGAGCAGACUACGCACGUCUUCCUCCCCAUCAACGACUGCCGCAACGUCGAGGUCGCCGAGGGAGGCUCACACUGGUCUCUCCUUCUCGUUUCCACCAUCGAUGGCGUCGCCUUCCACUACGAUUCCCUUCUCCCUUCCAACGAGUCCUACGCCAAGCUCGUCACGAACCGCAUAUCCCAGCUGCUUGGCAAGCCGCUGCGCUUUAUCAACCUCAAUGACACCCCUCAGCAGGACAAUGGCUCCGACUGCGGCGUCUACGUCUGCCUUCUCAUGCAACACCUCCUUCUCUCCCGCCUGCUCCGGGCCCACGCGCAGGACAAGAUCAGUAUGAGCAUGGGAGGCAAAGAGGUGGAUGCCUCAGGCGGUCGGAAGGAAAUGAUGCGCAUCAUUGACCAGCGCCGGAAAGAAGGCGAGAGGAGGCGGUCUAGGAGCCACAGUCCGUACGCCAAAGCGAGUAGGAGUCCACCGCGCAUUGGAGCGGAAAAUGCGGAUGUUUGA